AGGUACCUCAGGCCAUCUGGCGUGGUAGUGUGGGAAGGGGUUACCGCACGGUCCGCACUGUCCCAGCCGAUGUGUAAGUGGAUCACACGAUUAUGUAGAGGGGACACGAUGGUGGUUCUUGCAUCAGCUCAGAGCACGCAGGUGAGUGCCACGUAGCCAAACAUCAUCAACGAGAAGUGUACCAGUGUGUUUGCGCUCCUUCGGCAUAGUACACAUCUGACAACGUCAAAAUUCGCAAAAGUGGGGUUCACAGGACACAUCUACUCACAACAAGACGCGAAAUCCACUACUCCUCCGGCCACGCACUAAGACAAUGCUAGCGCUUCUAUCCAAGCUCUUCACUGGCACCAAAUAUCCUUCCGCCAUGCUCGUCGUCGACGAUGGUUCUAGGAUUUAUGCCGUCCACCUAGUGCCCGAAGAACCACACCUGGUCGAGGAAUUCGGGAUUCCCUCUCAGCCCAUCUUUCGCCGAGAAGGCACGAGAGAGCAGAGGCGCGAGGAGAUCGGCACUGUGGCGCUCAACGUCGACAAGGCCGAAGAAGUAGUGUUUGGCGGAGACAUGGCAGAGAGGGUGCGCAAGCUUUGGGAAGACAAGCUGCGCAAGGAGCAACCGCCGCAGCAGUCUGGAGAGGCGCAUCCCACUGGCACGAGCGUGGAUGUGGCGUGCUUGGUGAGCGACGUGCUGCGCCCUGCAGCGCUCGAAGCGAUCAGCGAAUGGGAGGGGCGACCACGUUCGGAGGAUGCGACUCGGACGUGCUCCGUGUAUGUUGUGUAUGUCAACAGGCCGACGCCUGAGCCGAUUUUGCUCUGGAAGACGCCGACUAGUAUCGCUGGCUGAAAGCUGAAUUCAGUCUACAUUACUGUCUCGAUCGAAGUAGUAAUAUUCUCCCGAGUCCCAGGGUUCGUUGCGCGGAUUUUUUCAUAUAGCACACUGGUCGCUACGAGACUGUGCAAUGCUGUCAGACGAGAUCAUCAGUAUAGAUGGGUCAUACGUCGUAUGGCAUGCCUCACCUACACAGCUCCCGUCAGGUAGCAGACAUAAUAUUGACUACCGCACCUUACAGUGCCCGCCUUCCUUGGCAUCCGUCCGGACUCACUCCACUCAAGUCAGGGGGACAGCUACGAGAAGUGAGCCCUGGCGCAAUAGGUCAUUUCAUUUGUAGCA